ACUUUACAGCCUUCAUGGCCACGACGGAGACUGAUAUAAUUCCAGUGGACAUGAAUAUAAUUACUAUUUAACAAUAUAUCUCUAGACAUUUUAUAAUAAAAAUACAUUCCAUUUCACAGUCUUGUUAAUUUAAAUUUAUUUGCAACUCGAUACGACGAUAUCUCAUUUCACUCGAAUAUGACAAAUGAUGACAAACGUCAAUUGGUAACAUAAAUGUCAAUGUCGGCAAUAGAAUAAGGAUUGGUUUUAAUAUUUUGGAUUCCCUGUAAAAUAAAAACAUUAUCUUAGAUAUAUGUGAUCAAAAUGCUACGCCUCUGCAUACGAACUUGUGUUUUACCACUCCCGGCCACUUAUCCAACCUAACAUCUGUAUACAAAAUGCGUCAAACUUAAAAUGUGCGAGUGCUCUUCACAACAUAAUCGCUAGAAACUAUGCUAUAAAAUUGACAGAACCUCAGGAUGAUAAAUUAGAAAAAGUGUACUACGGGCCGUUAACACCGCAGAUAAAGAGUGUAAAAGUGUUUUCACUAAGCUCCAGUAUGGCAGGCUUGAUGGCCCAACCUAUAAUAAUAAGAGAAGCGGCAAAUAUUGGAAGCACCUCUAUUCUCAUAGCGCUCUGCUCCGUUGUGGGAUUCUUCACGUUUAUCACGCCUAUACUAUUGCAUUUAGUUACGAAAAAAUAUGUGACGGAAAUACAGUAUGAUCCGACCACAUCCACAUACAGAGCCACAACAAUAAAUUUCUUCUUAGCUAAAAAACUGCAUGAAUUCCAGGCAAAAGAUGUGCAUGUACCUGAUGUCCCAGGCAUGUUCACCACUAUGCAUGCGAAAGGAGUUCCACUCUUCAUCGAGGCAAGGCACUUCAACGAUCCAUUACACUAUGCAAAGAUUAUGGGGUACGACAAACCAAUGGAUUUCAAGUUGGGAGAUACGGACAGUAAAGAUAAUACGGAAAGUAAAUAGUGUGUAAGUGUUAUUUAUUGUUAAUUAUUACUAUGUGAUUGUUAUUGAAAUAAAUAAUUUGUUUUUAGUGCCUAAUGUA